AUGUACAUCAAAGAAUCGUCCAAAGGGGGCCUGCCCGCCAUCAAGGUCACAGAAGACAUACCUGUCGGAAGAGACGGUCUGACAACUGAAGGUGUCCUCGCUACCUUGCUCUCAGUUUCGGCGCGGCGUAUCUGGGAUCCCCGCUUUGACUCGCAAGAACUUAUAUCAUCUGACAAAGGCCUCGACGAGGCUUCCUAUACAGAGACUUUGCUGGGCCUUUACGGUCAUCUUGGCGCGCGUCAAGUUGCAGUGAGCAAAGGCAUUGACCGUGCCGAGCCAGGCUCUGACAAUGGAGAGAUCACGCUCAUCUCAACGGGCACGUCCAGCAAGUCUCGCGGUGGCACAGAAGGCAAGCUAGACGUUUCUGGCUGGCAGCUCACACCCGACGGCGACGCUAUCCUCGUCACUCACGUGGUCAAGCUCGACUAUAAAGACCGGAACAUGCCAAAGUUUGUCUCCAAGGUCCUGACUGCAGCUCAUGGCGGUGCUCCAAAGUUCUUGGCAGAAUACAUCAGCAAGAAUGGCCCAGCGCCCAUGUUUGUGCGCUGGGAAGCGGGAGAGGCGGCGUAUGUCACCGACAGAGGUGAUCCUCGAGAGGGUCAGGUCAAGUAUACCAUCGCAAAGUCUGGCGAGAAGGGAUCAGGCGAGCAGAAAGCUUGGUUCCAGUGGCCUUCGCAAGCAUUCGGACACGGAAUCUCGUUCGAGAUCAAGCCUUCUGGUGCUGCACAAGUCGCCAAAGUUGGCGGCUAUGACAACAUUGUUCAGUUCACUUGGAAUACGUCUGACUUUGACAAGUCUGGCUGUACUGUUGCUAUCGAGCCUGCGAACCUCAAGCGAUCUUCAGACGUUGAGGUCAAUGGCGAAAAGGUCACUCAGACUGCCGAUGCCCCCUCAGGCGGCGCGGCUAAGAAGAGCAGUAAGCCGACUUCGACGAAGAAGAAGAGCUCGAGAAGCAAGGAUGUCGAGGAAGGUGUAGCCGCAGGUGCAGGCGCGGCCGCUGCAGGCGCAGGUGCUGCUGCUGUUGCCUCCAAGCGCUCCCGUCGUCAACGCAGCUCGAGCGACGAAUCUAGCAAUCUGCCGCCUGCCAUCAAGAACUCGAGCGGAAGCAAACGGGAGAAGGCAAGUGAAUCACCGAGCGCGCCUGCUGCUGCUCCGGCGACGAACGGCUCCUCUAGUGGCUUCAUACUCGCACCUUCGCUGGUUGAGAAGACGCCGGAGGGACAGAAGCUCGUCCGUCACGAUGCAAUGCUGAUCCUCUCCGACUCACACUAUUAUUCGAGAUCACAAGUCUACUCUGGUCUCGGUGUGGGCGCACUUGUCUAUGCUAUCACCAAGCUCGUGCUCUAA